AACUAGGACAGGGAUAACGAGGGGAAAGGAAAAGGGCAAAUAUAAAGUGCCUGAGUAAACAGAAAAGGAUGUGGAUCACACUGGAUAUGUUAUCAUUCUCUGUUUUAAUGUGAAAAAACAUGCAGAGAAUAGAAAAUGAUGGUUGGCUGUUCUGUGUGUCUGGUGGUCUGGAGUUUUCUCUGGAUGUUAGCUUCUGCAGAAGGAGGUGUUGCAGAUGCUGAGGUGUCCAGUGUUUUUAUGGAGAGCUGCAUCUUACCGUGCAGCUUCCAGGGCGGCACUGAUGCAGUCAUCCACUGGUAUCAUGUGACAGCAGGAGACACUCUUGUCCACUCCUACUACCACAACCAAGACCAGCUGGGACACCAGGGCCAGCGCUUCAGAGGCAGGACAUCACUGUUCAAGGACCAGAUCUCUGGAGGAAACGCCUCGCUCCAGCUGACUGGGGUCCAGGUUCAGGACCAGGGCAGAUACAGGUGUUUCACCAGCAUCAUCAGAGGCAACAAGGAAUCAUUUAUCAACCUACAAGUGGACGCUCCGGUCCAUAAAGUCGACAUGGAGCAGCAAGAAAACAGGAUCACCUGCAGCUCAGAGGGGAUCUACCCUGAGCCUGAACUCACCUGGUCCACCAGACCUCCGUCCAAAGUGGCCUUCAAGAACACAACCAGAGUCCAGCAGACUGAACAGCAGCUCUACAACAUCAACAGCUCUCUGAUACUUUCAGACAGGGUUACUGAUCUGGUCUACAGCUGCACCGUCAGCACUCGCAGGAACAGGAGGAGAGCCACUUUGAGGGAACUGACUUCUCUCGAUGGUUCCAGCUCUGACACAACAAUCCUCUGCUCUGCCUCAAACACUUCCCUUCUGAACUUCAGCCUCGUCUGGAGAUUCAACCGCAGUCAGAUCAUCCUGAACCGGACCAGGACCAGCGUCCCCUACACAGUCUCAGAGGAGUGGAGGCAGCAGGUGAAGGGUGUGUCUGAGUCAGGCAGCCUCACACUACAAGACUUGUCUUUGAAACAGGAGGGGAUAUACACCUGUGAACUCAGCGAUGACGAGGAGACAAACAUAACCAACACCCUGCUGAGGAUAGAAGGGAGUCAAACUGGUGUCACAGGUGUUAUUGUAUGUUUGGUGGUUGGAGCCAUUUUGUUUGUAGUUCUAGCAGCAGGCCUUGUUGUGCUGUACUACAAAAAUAAAAAGAAAGGAAGAGAAAGAAGACCAGACACGGAGUUGUGACGAAAAAUCAACUUGAAGAAAUUAAUGAAGAGGGACAAAGUCAGUGUGAGGAAGACAUUUCUGACAAAUGUCCACCAACCCACUGCUGCAGUGAAAUGAAGUCACACUGUGCAGCUCUGAAGUGCUACAUUAUGUCAAACUAC